ACCAAGACAAAUAAACUUGCACCAUUAAGAAACAUCACUAAAUUAUAUAUCAAACAUAUACACAUCACUCUAGUUCAAAAUCACCAACCUUUUUUUUUAGUUCAACAACCAUGUCUAGCUCUAAAAAUGGUGUUCAUAUCCUAAUUUUUCCAUUUCCAGCACUAGGUCACAUGUUACCACUUCUUGAUUUUACUCAUCAACUUCUUCUUCAUGGCUUUAAAAUCACCAUUUUAGUCACACCAAGAAAUGUACAUAUUCUUGAUCCUCUUCGCGCCAACUACCCGUCUAUUAAUACACUCAUUUUUCCAUUUCCCGGCCAUCCAUCGCUUCCCACUGGUGUUGAAAACCUUAAGGAUAUUGGAAACUCCGGCAAUGCGCCAAUUAUUGAUGGGCUUAGUAAACUUCAUGGCCCAAUCUUGGAAUGGUUUAAGGCCCAAGUAGAUCCUCCAAAGGCUAUUGUUUAUGAUUUUGUCUUGGGUUGGGCCCAAGAUUUGGCCCAAGAAGUUGGUGUACCUGGAAUUGUUUUUUACACUUCUGGGGCUUUGGUGGUUUCUAUUAUUUUUGAAAUUUGGAGGAAUUUUGAGGGGUAUAGAGAUUUGGGCCUUGUUGAGUUUAAUGGGCUUCCUAAAAGCCCAAGAUUUAUGAGGGAACACCUUCCUUCUGUGUUUAAGAAUUUUAAAGAGGGUGAUCCUGCUUGGGAGAUUGUUAAGAAUGGGAUUAUUGCAAAUGGUAGGAGUUUUGGGUCAGUUUUGAAUACUUUUGAGGCUUUGGAGAGUGAGUUUUUGGGCUUUUUAAAGAAGCAAAUCGGCCAUGACCGCGUGUAUUCGAUUGGGCCAAUUAAUUUGAUUGGUGGACCUGGUAGAAUUGGGAAGUCCAACACGGAUGAUGAUGGAAAUGACAGAGUUUUCACUUGGCUUGAUGAAUGUCUUGAUGCGUCUGUUCUUUAUGUGGCUUUUGGAAGUCAAAAGAUACUAACAAAAGCCCAAAUGGAGGCCUUAGCUAUUGGGCUUGAGAAAAGUGGAGUGAGGUUCAUUUUAGUAGUUAAAAAGUUGACCGCCCAACAAGAGGAACAAGGUUUUGGAUCAGUAUCCGAAGGGUUUGAGAAGAGAGUCUCAGGACGAGGCCUAGUAAUAAAGGGUUGGGCCCCACAAGUGGAGAUUUUGGGCCAUCGAGCUGUUGGCGGAUUUUUGAGUCAUUGUGGAUGGAAUUCGGUACUGGAAGCUAUUGUGGCAGGAGUACUAAUUUUGGGCUGGCCCAUGGAGGCCGACCAAUUCAUUAAUGCAUGGUGGUUGGUUGAGAAUAUGAAGACAUCGGUCCAAGUUUGUGAGGGCCCAAACUCAGUGCCCGACCCGAUAGUAUUGGGUCAGAGAAUUAGUGAGUCAAUGAAUAAUGAUUUGGUUAAGGAAGGGGCUAAAAAAUUGAAAGAUAAAGCACUUGAAGCUGUUAAAAUUGAAGGGAGCUCUAAAAGGGAUUUAGAUUUCAUUGUGAGAGAGCUGGCCCAACUAAAAAGCUAAAAUUCAUGCAAAUGGGCCAUACAAAUUUAUGUUGGGCCAAAUGAUGAGUUUGGUUGGACCUAAGAUGGACACUUGAUAUGCGUUCUUCAACUUCAAUAUAAAUGUAUUGUAUGUUGAUGAUGUGAGGAAGGAAAAUGAGACAAGUUGACCUUGUCCAUCUUAUGUGUUAGUAUUAAUUAUCAAGAUGUCUCAUUAGUCAUUACAAAUAAAUGUCAUUUCUUUUAUCA